CAGGAACUCCACCCCAUAGUUCAUUUGUUUAGUGACAGGCUUCGGUACCUGAAGAGAGAAAAUGUCUGGGACAGGUGCGCAAAGUAAAAGUAAAACUGAUUCACCAAUGGAGUACAAGAUGGACCACAAGAGGCGAGGCAUGGCACUCAUCUUCAACCAUGAAAAUUUUCACGGUUUAAAGGAACGCCGCGGCACAAAUAAAGACAGAGACAAGCUCACAGAAAGAUUUCAAGGCUUAGGGUUUGAAGUGAAUUGUCACAAUGACAAAAGUAAGGCAGAGGUGCUAAAGGAAAUACGCAAAGCUGCCGCAGCCAACCACGCAGAUGCUGACUGCUUCGUCUGCAUUUUCCUAACUCAUGGGGAAGAAGGGAAAAUUAAUGCCUAUGAUGAUAAGAUUAAGAUUAAGGAAAUAACAGAUUACUUCAGAGGAGAUCAGUGCAAUAGCCUUGUAGGGAAGCCCAAGAUCUUCAUCUUCCAGGCGUGUGCUGGUGACAAAUAUGAAGAUGCUGUGACCGGCAUGAUGGCAGGGGACAGUGAUGAUGAGGAAGAGGUGGAGGAAGCAGCUAACAUCUACACCAUCCCAGCAGGGGCAGACUUCCUCAUGUGUUACUCUGUAGCAGAGGGAUUCUAUUCAUUCCGUGAUAUAAAUUCUGGAUCAUUCUACAUUCAGGAUUUGUGUGAAACGGUGCAACAGUAUGGCUCAACUAUGGAGUUCACCGAGCUACUAACACUGGUCAACCUGAAGGUUUCCCGACGUACUGCAAGUGGUCAGAAUUUUAAGAAUAAAAAACAAAUGCCCUGCUUCACCUCCAUGCUGACUAAAAAAGUCUACUUUGGGUCCAAGAAAUAGUAAAGCACCCACACAGUACAUUACUUUUCACCAUUACUCACUUAAUGAUAAAUAAACAUUAUUGGUCUUAUUAGUGUUUUUUCCCCUAACAUUUUACAAGGAAGAUAUCAAAAUUAUAUAUAUAUAUAUAUAUAUAUAUAUAUAUAUAUAUAUAUAUAUAUAUAUAUAUAUAUAUAUAUAUAUAUAUAUAUAUAUAUAUAUAUAUAUAUAUAUAUAUAUAUAUAUAUAUAUAUAUAUAUAUAUAUAUUAUUUAUGAUAUAUCUAAUUCUGACAACACUUAAGAGAAUUACAAUAUUGACCCACUAAAUCAGUUACAGCUACUUUUAUAGAAAAUUAGAUUUGAGAAUUCAACAGCGUUGACUGGUAUAAAAAGCUAAUAAUGCACUGUGAUUAAGAUAGACAUUAUCCUUAGUAAUCUAAUUACAUCUGACUACUGCAAACCUGUAUAUUUAAACAUUUUUUUUAAACUUUCAUUAUUUUCUAAUUAUAGACAAUUAAUUGUAAUCAUUAAUGAAUGUUGUUCAACAUGUUCAGGAUUAGAUCUGUCAAUCCUAUGUUCAUAGAUUUUGCAAAGCAAGUAAUUGCUUUCAUUUUCUCUUGUACUGUAAUAAAGUUUCUUAGGGUUUGUUUUACACAUUUAUACGAUUUGCUGGUGAAUCAAAGAUUAAAGUCUUUUGACAUCCAGAGUAAAAAAAGAGAA